UCAUCUUCCCAAUGAUCAUUCUAAUUCAUAUUGCAUGAAGAGGUUUUAUUUUUGUUCAGCUUCAUGUUGCCUUUGCAUCACAGAUGGUCCCACCCCUCCACACCCUGCAAGCUCAUCAUAUACUCCCCAGUGUCUGUACACAUCAUCAAGCACAACUUGUGGCUUCCAAGGAGUGAUGUGCUUCCUUUGCUGGUUGGAACACAGCAGGCGAACAGUGUGAUGUGUCUAUGACACACUUAAGGCAUGCGUCCUGUGUCAGGCACGACACUGAGGCUUUUGCAGCUCACACUGCUCUCUGGUGAAUCUGGUUACUGCCGUGUUAUUAAAUCAUAUCACAGUGAACCUGGAUGUCUGAGCACCUUCUGCUUCAGUUCUGUAUCCGCACGAAGACGCAGUCCUGCUGCAUUUUGCAGAGUUUACCAAUAGAAACAUGUGUCAGAAAUGGUGAAUGCGGUUCACUAUGAAUUAGUAAAUUCAUCUGCAAUCCAACAGACCACAGUCUAUAAUAAUGUAAUAAGAGACCUGUCUGAUGUGUGUUUUAGAGCAGAUUUCCGAUCGUCGUCUAAUAUCUUAAAUGUUCAAAACAUUUGCCUGAAUAACAUGCAAUGUAGGAUUUGGGGUUCCCUUUCACUUGGUUAAUCUGCCAAAUACUUUUGCUAACAUUGUGAAAAAUGUGAGUCAUAAUUUCCCAGAACCCAAGGUGACAUAUUUACCCUGGAGUUUUGGGACUUAUUCUAUCCAACCAGAGAUAUUCUAUUCAUUAUUAUAGAUGUUAAUGCAGGGGAAACUGGAACCACUGGGUAUUUGACAUUAAAAAGUCAUACACAGUUAAUAACAUAGGUAAGGUUUGCUGUUAAAUUGUCUGAUAAUCAAAUAAUAAACCAACUGACAAAUAGUUUCAGCUAUGAAACACACAUAAAUAUUAAAUAAUAAAUAAACAUGAUUCAGACCAGGAAAGGAGUAUCAAAGUAUCGGUUUUGAUGUUGUACUGGAUAUAAUUCAGUUUGUGUUGAAAAGAUACUGAAAUGCUGCUUACAACCAUAUUAGCAAAAGGUUCAUGGAAGUCCUUUUCUAUUGUCAAGGACAUGUAGGAAACUCGGAGUCCAUGCUGAGCAAGUCUGUGUUAUUUAAUUUAAACAUGAAAAUUCAUCCCUGAAUAGUAGUUUGACAAAAUAAUCAUAACUUGAUCUUUGCAUGCUUGUAUCAGGAACCUUUGGCUGAAUGUCAUGACCUUCAUCAUCAGCAGAGGGAGUUUGCUAAGGUGUUAUGUAACCAGGGGUCAAGAUCUAGUAGCGAAAUGUGGUUUUACACUCUGGAAAAAGCCUGGAACAUGGAACAUGAGUUGGGAUUAUUUUGUCAAACUUUAAUUUUUAAAGAGAUACUAUAGUACUCUGUACUAGAUAGUAUAAUUCUGUAAGGAUGAGAGAAAUCUGCAGCAGAGCAGAUUACUCCCCAUGAGAUGCUCCAAGCUGAGAAACAAAUGCAUGUUUUUUAAUCGCCAUCGAACACUAUCGUUUCUGUGAUCAGACUUUACCAUGCAAGCCACUCAUAAUGUCUGGGGAAAUACUUAGUAUGUGCAGGUUAAGUUCUUAGGCUUGUUUAACUUGCAGCUUCAUUUGUUGAGUGUUUAGCCAGUGUCAUCUGAAAAAUGAGAGAGACCAUUCCCAGGCAAGUUGGAAGCACAACUUAACCCACUAAACCUGUGACAGGAGAAGACAGCAGCUGGAGAAAGGCCAGGGGGUUAGAGGGAGAACCUUCUUGCUGUGAGGUGCAGGUUGAACAAGGAUGUUUCUGUUUCCCUUUGCUGGAAAUGAUCUGUUACCAGGUAGCCAUUAGUAACUGACACAUGGCUGAAUGGCUGAAUUGAUAGACGGAAGGACAGACGGAUAGGAUAGAUAGGUAGAUGGUCGGAUAGGCUGUAUUUCAUCAAUUUGUGCAGAAUCCUCCUCAUCAGAAUGUCGGUGUCACUGUGGCUGUGAUGUUUGACUGCAGGAGGAAGAAAAGUAAUGACUUUCACGAAUGACACUUUCACAAAUCAAAAAAACGGUGAAGAGUUUAUCUUUGAAGCUUGAAUGCUGUGGAGUUGUGCUCCAUCAAACCUAAAGAAGCAAACGCAUAUUUGAGCACCCAGCCCCAUCUGUGCACAAUAAGAAGAAGUGACAAUGCUGUGAGGUGUCUGACAGUUGGCUUGGUGACAGCAUUUUACUCUCACUGUCAAAUGCUCAGGAUAUAUGGAACUGCAGUGGGAGUGUUAGAGGCUGUUUUUCAAUUUCAUUCUGCUUUUUUUAUAAUCAUGUGAGAGCUCUUCAAGCUCUUUAAAUUUACAAACUCCCUCAGACUUAGAAGGUUUGGAACAUGGUAAACAACCAUCGACUAAUGGGUGGCCAAAGUAAGCUAUGGCAAGACUAAAUAUGUCUGGAUUUAUAGACAUCCAUGUGUAAUAUCCAAUCUGUCGAGAUGUUAAAAGGGAUUACAUUUCAGAAAGGAAAUAUUUGAUAUACAGCCGACCGUAAAAUGUGUAUGUAUGCUUCUAUGUCAGUGUUGCAGAAACUACGCAAGUUAUCUGCUCUUUUCCAGUAAGACUAGAGGGUUUAGAAUUUGAUGACCUUCAAAAUCCAUUUCAAAUAUAUCUGACAUCCCUCUACUAAUUACAUAAUAAUAAUAAUAAUAAUUAUAAUAAUUAUAAUAAUUAUAAUAAUAUAUAAUUACAUUAAUUACUUGUAACAUAACCUUCUGUUAAAAAGUCUUAAGGAAUACAUGUUUAACAGACCAGAUUCCGUGACGUAGGUUUUCUUAAAAACUAUUCAAAGUGCUCUGAUAUCCAGUCAGAGCCAUUACACAGCUGCAAACAAACGCUCCCUAUCCACAGAGUCAAGAUACAACAAGAGAAACAAAGACCAAAAGGAAAUGAGCAAAAGAUCAUGCAGCGUUUUAAUCCAGGUUUUAGACAUUCGGCCAUUGGUAAGUUAUAAAUGUCACAGUUGCCACCUCAAUCUUGAUGUUUUGUAGCUUUAGAAAACAUUCUUAUCAUCAUUCAGAGAUGUUGGGGCUGGAUCUCUCUAAAGUGAAAGAUAUCAUUUUGUGGUAAUAAAGAUGUGCAGUGCAGGCUAAUAAUAUAUCUGUUUGUAAGCGACUUCUUGCAUUAGAGGCACAGACUCCCCCUCAGUAAAGAUAUUGUCCAGCUUGUGCUCUCAAGCUCCUCCUGUUUUACUCAUUGAAUAAUCAUCAAAAUACUUUUCUUGUACUGCUACUGGUACCGCCACCAGUGGCCAAAGGUCAGAAAUGUUCAAACUAUGGUCAAACAUAGUGGCUUCAAAUUUGGUCAUACCUCUCCAUUAAUUAAUACUUUUAAAUAGCAUGUACUUGUAAUCAUGCCAUGAUUCACCUACAUAUCACAUUUUUGUGAUCUACUAAAGUGAUAUUUAAAAAGUACAGCUGACUGAUGUAUUGUGCACAUUUAAUUAAUGGAUGCAUAUACACUGCUAUAGCUGCAUUCACCCUUAACAUAUCCUCACUCCUCAAGUCCUCUGACAGGGUGUGACCUGGAGUGAGAGUUCCUGACUGACCUGUGCUAUGAUGUCCCAGAAGGCCGGAGGUGUCAAGCCAACUUCCCCAUCUGGGCGGCGGAAGUUUCGCUUCACCUUAUGUGGCAGAAAGAAAAAAGAUAGGGUGAUCCGAGGCAAGCUUCGAAUCCGUUCCCUGCCUGGAGCCUUCCUGGUGCUGGGGGUCAUUGUAGUGGUUGUCGGAACUGCCCUGGCUGUGGCGGGUUACUGGCCCUACAGGAUAUCAAGAUCAUCCAUCCUGGGAGCAACAGAUGGUGAAAGCAUCUCUGAGUCACAGACUUCAGGAUGGAGUCUGGGAGCUAAGGGUCUCAUGUCCACAGCCAGCCUCAUCCACAAUGAACGGAUGAAGCUGUUGGGGCCUGUCAUCAUGGGGGUUGGACUCUUCAUCCUCAUAUGUGCCAACACGGUCCUGUAUGAGAACAGGGACAGAGAGACUAAGAUGCUGCUGUCCCAGAUGCGGAGUGUUAUCUGCUCUGUGUCUGCAGCUGUGCCCUCAGCCGACCUUCAAGAAAUAGCAGCAGCCAACUCAAUGACGAAACAUUACCAGUGGGUGAGCAGUUUGCCAGCUGCCCAUCUCAACAUCCUCUGUCUGCAGCAGCUGGCCAGCUCUGAGCCCCUGCUCCAGACCAGACAUCCCAGAGAACUUGAGGACAGCGUGGAGGGCAUCUACCAGCAAGCUGUUCUCCAGACAGAAGCCCUCCACCACCAGGAAUCAGAGCCGCCGCCUUCCUUCCAGUACUCCCACUCCAACUCAUAUAAUUCCAGUCAGACACACUUAAACAUACAGUCUGGUGCUGAGCAGAGAGGCAACUUCAAUGUACCGGCUUCCCCACUUGUCAAGCUCAGCAACUGCCUGGUGUCUGCUAGUUCCAUGUCCACCCUGGGUGUGGACGAGGUGGAUAUUCCAGCUGCCCAGCCGAGGCGUUGCCAUAGUAUGAGCUACAGGACUAACCCUCAUAUAGCCCAAGCUGGUGUGCGCAUCCAGGAAAGUCUCCACACACCCAGAGAGGAGGGUCAAUUAAACCAGCCUGUAGCCUUGAUGGGAGAGGCUGGUUCACAGGUUUGUGUGAACAUCCUGGGACAUGUUGUUGAUGCUGUGGAGGAGCAGACUCACCAAAGCUGGCCUCGUUUAGACCUGGGUAUUGGCAGGCGAUACCUGAAGCUAGAGAACAAAGAGGACUCAGUAGACAAGCUGCUGGACCAGUUAGAGCAGCAGUGUUCACAGUGGGAUAGGAGCUUUGGCUCUGGACCUUUUCAGUGAUGGAGUAAUCAUAUUUUACCCUGGAUUCAGACAUUGCACCGUUUGUUUUUAAAUUCUGCGUGAGGCAGAGAGAAACUGAGCCCUGGACCGUUUGGAGUAUUUCCCACGAGGAUUAUCCAAAACAUGAGCAUGUUCUUAUUCUUCCGUGGAACACAGAGUAUAUUUUUUGUUUGGCUGAAUGUGGCAGAUGUUUAUAGAAUUGAAGGACAUGAGCAAUAUACAGAUCCUACAGGCUGUAAAGACUUUUUACUUGAGUUUGGGUUGCCAGCAAAGCAAUGAACUUAUAUAUUGAUGCCGAAAUGUGUUUGCCAGUUUCCAGGACACAAUGUGCACAACCAAAUGAAGAAGUGAUAUACAGUAAGGAUGUCAAUUUAUGGAGGAUUGUUUUCACUGUGCAAUCAUUUUUUAACCAAACUACCUGGACCCCUGAGCCCAUAAAGUGCUGACAGCUCUUAAUAAAUACGAGUAGUAUUUGAAAAAAGGGACCUUUCCUCAGCUGAGGUCCCAUACUCCAAAUGCAAUGCAUGGCAGCGAUGUACAGUAUGUUACAUCUUAAUAAUUAUGCAGAAUAAUGUCAUUGUUGGUUUUUAAGUCUAUAAGAAGUAAUGAUCAUGAAAGGGUGAUUCUGGUUUAUUAAUGUUUGGGUCUAAUUGUCUUAUGUUUGGCUGUUAUUCAUACAGAAUCAGGUGAGAUAACAUUGAAGUCACCAGAGCUGCUCUGAGACAUGCAAUGAUCUCUGGAGAACCUCCUUACAUCUCUGAACGGGCACUAUGUGUGAAUGCAAAUUUCAGAGUGAGAGCCUCCGGACAGUCUGCAGACUUUCUCCUUCCAGUCUCCUCGUAAAAGACAGUAGAAUGUCUGAAGCAGCCAAUAUGAGAACAUAGCAGGAGAUCCUCUGUGGUAUUUUUCAAGCGAGUGGGCGUGUUGAUAUUUCCAACACGUGACAGACACAAAAGAAAAAAAACUAAAGGUAAACAAAUAUCUCAGGAUAAAAAAGCGGUGCCAUACACGUAGAAGACACAGACGAAGAUGUUGAGAGCUUUUGGUGAUUAAGGUGUCGACAAAACAUGUUAUCUCUGCAGUGUAAUUCUUAUUUUACAUCCUGUCUUUGCCUGCUGCACCACCCCUCACCUGAACACUCUGAAGAUUUCUGUGUUGUUGUGAAUGUGAGAAUCUCCUGCUGUGUUGUUCAUGUGUGAAUGAGAUUGUCUGGACCCACUUUUGCAGACUCCUCCAGAUGACAUGUCUGAAACUGGCUCAAGUGAAUUGCUGAUGCCCGGGAACAUGAUUACAUUGUCUAUCUCUUAACUGUGAUGACUGUUUUCAUGGACUCUUUGGAUAAUAAUAAUGCAGUCUUCUUAUGGGCAAAUUGUCAUUGCCAUGGGCCCAGGCAUUAUUUUCAGGUGCAUAUCUGUCAUUCAUGUAAUAACAGUUCAAUUGUUUUGUCUAUGAGUGUUUCCUCUGUCAGGUAACAACAUUGUCCCGUUCUGUUCAGAAUCUUUUCAGCAGAAAAUAACAUUUAAUAUAGUUUGCAACACACUAUUGUUCUUAUAAAAUACGUUUUCAACAACUAUAACUUCCUACGCAGGCUUUCUUAAAUGAAUCUGCUUUAUAAACCUAAUAGAUACAAAUAUUGACAUUUUAUAUAAAAUAUUAAUUUAAGGCAAAUAAAUAAUAUUGUUAAUGGUGAAUGGUUUUGUAUUAUAUAGCGCUUUUCUAGUCUUGAUGACAACUCAAAGCGCUUUACAGUACAGUUUUACAUUCACUGUACUGUAAAGCGAAUUUCAACAAGCACUGAAAAUAUCAUAAUAGCUAUAUAUUAUUGUAUACUAAAAACUAUACUAUAUUUACAUAAUGCAAAUAAAUAGUGGGACUUCUGUGGCAUGUACUACGAAUCAGGAUUUCACUUAUUCAGGUUCAGUCCUACGAAGCUCGUUUAAUUCUUAUGAGAGUAAAUCACCAUGGUAACUUAUACUGAGCGGCCAAACUGCUCUGAAGCAGGUUAAUUUGGAAAUAAGAGAUCAAGCAGAAAAAGUCCUCGCCCACUGACCAAUCAAUUACUUGAAACACUUGACAUCACUGUUCUUGGGGGAUCCCAUGGAGCAAAUAAAAAAACAGGAUCGCGUGGAGGUCGGUGUGCGGAUUGUUGGAGAGUUUCUGAGGGGGACAAGGGUCUUCAGAGACCGGAAAUAUCCUUUCUUUAUGAAAGAUAUAGUUUCUCAUCAGAAGGAAUGAUAAACCUUUGUCAGCUGCUGGAGACAAACAUAACCAACCGGACACCUAGCAAUCAGAAUCAGAAUCAGAAUCAGAAUCAGUAUUAUUUUUAUUUCUAUGUAUAUUUGCACAUACAGGAAAUUGCCUUGGUGUUGUUGGUGCACUGUACAAACUACUAUAUAUAAACAACACAACAAUGUGCUCACAGUACCACAUACUGUCUGCAUUGAUUAACAUUUCUUUACUUGUGGGAGUUAUUGAUAUUGAUGUACUGGGUGUGUUAGCAGUGGGAUAAUCCAUCAUAGUUUUACAUUUAUGUCCUUCCCUUUAAGUUUAUCCUAUGAAAUAAGUGUGUCAAGUUAAGAUUCUUAGCCAGCUUCUCUCCAUGCAUUUAGCAAUUGUGACUUUGUUUCUUUUAGUCUGUAUAACUCCUCAUAUUUUUCUAAUAUCACAGCCUGGGUGGACUUAAUGAGUUGAAACCAUCUUCGUGUGGCGGCUUAGACUGACAGGAUUUUGUUAAAUUAAAUCAAGACAGAUUACGAAAAGAUAUCCAGGGUAUGUUGAGCUCGCUUCGUAGUACAGGCCUCAGGUCCGGCCAUCAAUUUUAUUUGGUAGCACAGACAGAUUACUGCAAACGCAAACAGGGUUACCCAAUUAGUUAACUGAACGGACUUAUCUUAUGACUUCAUUUUAGUGACAUCCCAGAGCUCUGAUACUGAUGAACUUUAACAUUACAGUGUUAUAAUUGCUAUAAGGAAGCAUGGUUAAAACAUGAAAGAAGUCAAAGCAGAUAAAAUAAUGACAGCGAAUUUCUCUUUGUUGUUUCCAAUAUUAGUUUGUAAUGAAGACAGGGACAUGUCCCCUGUGUCUUCUUCAGCAAUUCUUCUUUCACAAUGCACUCACCAUUUAUGAGGAUGCCAUGCUCACACACAUCAAUCCCCACCCCCACGCUCCCCAACCUUUGAUCAAAUGGACAGAAUGGAUUGUGCAGACGAGGCUUGCCUGCAGAUCAGUUUUCUUGCAUACAGCUGAGUGUGUGCUAAAGACUCUGUUUAGCCCUGGUAUUAUAAUGUGUUUCCACAUGUCUCCAGUGACACUUGCCUGUUCGCUAUGCAAAUACAUACAAUUAAGCAAAGACCAAAUAUAUUAAAAUAUGAUUUUAACAUGUUGGAAGCAGCAAUGCACUUUCUGUGCCGAGUGUGCGUGAAAUUGAAAAGAAGAAGAGAUCAAGAUAGUAUAGACAAGUGGCCCAAGAUGUUUGACAAGCUUGUUAUACAUGCUUAUGGGCUUCUUUUUUAUUCAGACAUCAUGGCCAGCGCCUGUAUGUUUUCGUUCCUCUGCAUACACAGUGGAAAGACACCAGCGGAAGAGAUGGCCUGUUAAUGUGGCCGAGGGCACCUUCAUGUUCAGACUGCUAAAAGAAUAAAGCCACGUGUCUCAGACCAUCUUGGUUGUGUUAACUACUGCACUUAGAGCUGUCCUCUUGUAAUUGAAUCACCCAAGAUGCAUGUUAACGCUCUGUCUGAACAGCGCCAUAAAGGAAUGAGUAUAUAAAUCAGAGUCUCAUGCCCCCUACUCCUUUGCCCCGCUCCGUUUAUACACAAUGCUAAUGUGGAGAGGUGACUCCUCCUUGUUUGAAUCAACAGUCUUUUCUGGUUUUCUUUCUCUAUGUGCUGCCGGUUCUGUAUGCCAUGUGUGACACUUUGUGUUCUAAAUGUAUACCAAGCAAUAUCAUCUGUCUAAGAGAACAACCAAUGGCUGUGUCUUGCCCUGUGUCUACCACCAAAUGAAAACACGUUGCCAUGCCUUUGUUGCAAAU